UUUCUAGAAAAAAAAAGCGGACUCAAAAUUCAAUUAUUAAAAUAAUCAAAAAAACAGUAGAAGAGAGAAAAAGAAAAAAAAAAACUCAAAUGGCGUCGUCGAGACUAUGCGACUCGUGCAAAUCAACGGCAGCGACACUAUUCUGCCGAGCAGACGCAGCGUUUCUCUGCGGACCAUGCGAUUCCAAGAUCCACACAGCUAACAAACUCGCUUCUCGUCACGAACGUGUCUACCUAUGCGAAGUCUGCGAACAAGCUCCUGCUCACGUCACGUGCAAAGCCGACGCCGCAGCUCUCUGCGUCACGUGCGACCGUGAUAUCCACUCAGCGAAUCCUCUCUCUAGCCGCCAUGAACGUAUCCCGAUCACUCCUUUUCACGACUCCGUUUCUGGAUCUGUUAAAUCAGCUUCCUCCUUCGUCAACGACGACGAUGAUGAUGACGGUGAAGCUGCUUCUUGGCUUUUACCUAAAGAAGGAGGAGAAACUGAGAUCUCUAAUUUUUUUACCGAUCUUGAGUAUCCGAAGAUUGAGGUUACUUCGGAGGAGAAUAGCUCCGGUAACGAUGGAGUCGUUCCUAUUAACAACAAAUUAGUGUUUCUCAAUAACGAUUACUUCAAUAUCGACAUCUCUGCUUCUAAAGGAUUCAGUUUCAUCAAUCAAUCUGAUUUGUCGAGAUCUUUAGAUGUAGCGUUGGUUCCUGAAAGUGGAGGAGGAGCUACGACGGCGACGGCUACGGCGACGGUGACGAUGCCAGUAGUGCAGUUAUCACCGGCGGAGAGGGAAGCGAGGGUUUUGAGGUAUAGAGAGAAGAGGAAGAAUAGGAAGUUUGAGAAGACGAUUAGGUAUGCGUCGCGUAAAGCUUACGCUGAGAUGAGGCCGAGGAUUAAAGGACGUUUUGCUAAGCGUACUGAGUCGAGAGGUGACGAUGGUGGUGGAGACGGCGGAGUUUAUGGCGGUUUCGGCGUUGUUCCGAGUUUCUGAAGUUUCCGGUUAAGGAAACGUGGUAGUAACGUAACGGUUAAUAGAAAGAUUAUAAAGUUAUAAUGUUACCCUUAUUUAAUCAGGGGGCUAAGUUAAUUACAAUAUUGUUGUUGUUAAAAACAAUUAAUUUUCAUAAUAUUACAGUAGUUUAUUUCAAGUUGAACUAAUAAAUUUUGAUUUACCA